CCGUGUAGUCCGUCAGGUAUCAUAUCGUUAUUAGGUGUGGUUUCUGCGAGUACUGUAAUCUCGGCACUCUCCUCGUAGGAUAAGAGCUAGAGGUACGUGCCGUUUAUUAACUUUAGGUCCAGAAUGUUUUUGUACCCGGCCCGGAGCCUGUACAGGACAGUCGCACACUGUGUUGAGCUAUCCGCUGUACGUGGGUACUUUGGGGCAAAUAACUGCAAAUCUACAUUAAGUGAUGUGCGUGUCAGUGGUAGGAGACACUGUGCCGCUGUGAACAAUGGCAACGCCAAGAGCACACAUACGACGGUGAAACAGACUGCAGGAAAAUCGCUCGUUCAAGAUGCGACUCACAUCGCUGCGAAUGAGGACCACGUCCUGAAAAAGGCCAUAGACAAAGGGUGUUUGCUGUGGGUGUCUGGUAUAACCACACCCAAGAAAGGUCCGUAUGAUUUGUUAUGGCACUUUGCCCAGACAUUCGAAAGCAGGGGUGUUUCGGGUUCAGGGAUUCCGAAUUAUGAAGAUCGGAUUUUACGCUUGGCCAAGGAGGUUGCGGAGAUUAAGAUGAUUGUGCCACAGGCGAUUGAGGGCGGAGUGUAUGUAGUAGUUGGUUCCAAGGCCCAGGGAGCUGCGCUCAUUCGACGCAUUGGGUAUGGCUCG